GAUUGUCAAGCUGACAUUGAAACAGAAAAAAAAAGUAAUGAUUUACUUAUUGAAACUGGUAUUCCUGGUUCUGUAAUUGUAGAUCAAUCCGAAACAAUGACAAGGAAACGUUAUAAAAAGUUUUGGCUGAUGACACUGCCAUGGAAAAUAAUGGAAGAAGAUAAAUUAAAAUCAUCAGAAUUACAAUCAAUUUUAGAUGAUGGAAAAAAUUCAAAAGAAGAGAAACCACAACAUGAUGCAAAUGUUUGUUUAUUAAUUGAUAGCCCAUAUCGUAUUUUAAGGGCAGCUGAAGCUGGAAACUUAGAUGAUUUUGUUAGAUUAUAUCGUGGAGAUAAUACAAAAUUAUCAAUACGUGAUGGUAAAGGAAGAACAGCAGCACAUCAAGCAGCAUCUAGAAAUAGAGUUAAUAUACUAAAAUUUAUAUAUGAACAGCAAGGAGAUCUUAACGCACAAGAUGGUGCUGGUAACACUCCAUUACAUGUAGCAGUUGAAAAUGAUGCUUUAGAUGCAUUAAAUUAUCUUCUAUCUCUCAACGUAGAUACUGGUAUAUUAAAUGAAAAGAAACAGGCUCCAGUUCAUUUAGCAACAGAGUUAAAUAAAACUAAAGCAUUACAAGUAAUGGGUAAAUAUCGUAAUAUAUUUGAUAUUCAAAAAGGAGGUGAACAUGGUCGAACAGCAUUACAUUUAGCUGCAAUUUAUGAUCAUGAAGAAUGUGCCAGACUUUUGAUUACUGAAUUUGGUGCGUGUCCUAGAAAGCCAUGUAAUAAUGGUUAUUAUCCAAUUCAUGAAGCUGCAAAAAAUGCAAGCUCUAAAACAAUGGAAGUAUUUUUUCAAUGGGGCGAAUCUCGUGGUUGUACACGUGAAGAAAUGAUCUCGUUUUAUGAUUCUGAAGGUAAUGUCCCAUUACAUUCUGCAGUUCAUGGUGGUGAUAUUAAAGCAGUUGAAUUAUGUUUAAAAUCUGGCGCUAAAAUAUCAACACAACAACAUGAUCUUUCAACACCAGUUCAUUUAGCAUGUGCUCAAGGUGCAAUUGAAAUUGUCAAAUUAAUGUUUUCUAUGCAACCACAAGAAAAGAAAUUAUGUUUAUCAUGUACAGAUGUACAAAAAAUGACACCAUUACAUUGUGCAUCAAUGUUUGAUCAUCCAGAAAUUGUUGAAUAUUUAAUAUCUGAAGGAGCUGAUAUAAAUGCAUUAGAUAAAGAUCAUCGUACACCAUUAUUAUUGGCAGCAUCACGUAGCGGUUGGAAAACAGUUAAUUUAUUAAUAAAAAUGGGUGCAAAUAUAUCAACAAAAGAUUCAAAUAAUCGUAAUGCCUUACAUUUUGUUAUAAUAAAUGGUGGUAGAUUAACUGAAUUUGCUGAACAAGUAACAACAACACAAUCAAAAGGUCAAUUAAUACAAUUGCUCAAUGAAAAAGAUAAUGCUGGUUGUGCACCAUUACAUUAUGCUAGCCGUGAAGGACAUAUACGUUCUUUAGAAAAUUUAAUACGUUUAGGUGCUUGUAUUAAUUUAAAAAAUAAUAAUAAUGAAAGUCCAUUACAUUUUGCUGCACGUUAUGGCCGUUAUAAUACUGUUCGUCAACUAUUAGAUUCAGAAAAGGGAAGUUUUAUAAUAAAUGAAAGUGAUGGUGAAGGUUUAACACCAUUACAUAUUGCAUCAUUAAUGGGACAUACAAGAGUUGUACAAUUAUUAUUAAAUCGUGGUGCAUUAUUACAUCGUGAUCAUAAUGGUAGAAAUCCAUUACAUUUAGCUGCAAUGUCCGGUUAUACACAAACAAUGGAAUUAUUAAGAUCUGUACAUUCACAUUUAUUAGAUCAAGUUGAUAAAGAUGGAAAUACUGCUUUACAUUUGGCAACAAUGGAAAAUAAACCGAAUGCUAUAUCAGUUCUAUUAUCAAUGGGAUGUAAAUUAGUUUAUAAUUUUAUGGAUAUGAGUGCAAUUGAUUAUGCUAUUUAUUAUAAAUAUCCGGAAGCAGCUUUAGCUAUGGUUACACAUGAAGAGAGAGCUAAUGAAAUAUUAGCAUUAAAAUCUGAUAAACAUCCAUGUGUAACAUUAGCAUUAAUUGCAUCAAUGCCAAGAGUUUUUGAAGCAGUACAAGAUAAUUGUAUAACAAAAGCAAAUUGCAAAAAGGAUUCAAAGAGUUUCUACAUAAGAUACUCGUUUUCGUGUCUACAAAGUCCAAAUAUUUAUGCUCAAAUGGAUGAAAAAACUGGAGAAGCAUAUAUGGUAUCAAAACCAAUUCCAUUACCAGCAUUAAAUAUAAAAUAUUCAUUUUGGCCAUAUCAAAAAUCACAAAAACAAAUCAAAGAAAUGCAAAGAAAAUUAGGUGAUCCUGAUUGGAGACCACCUCCAUUACUUGUUGCUAAUACAAUGGUUAAUCAUGGACGUGUUGAACUUUUAGCUCAUCCAUUAUCACAAAAAUAUUUACAAAUGAAAUGGAAUUCAUAUGGAAAAUAUUUUCAUUUAGCAAAUUUAUUAUUUUAUUCAAUAUUUCUAAUAUUUGUCACAGCAUUUUCACAACAAAUGAUGACAAAUAUUGAAGUAUUGUAUAAAAAUAAUGCAACGCAAAAUUUUUGUGAACAAAGACGAUUGGAUAUGAGUUUCCUAACAAAUUAUUCAUCGCCAGCAAAUUUAAAUGCAAAUCCAUUGGAACCAAAAUGUAUUAUUGAAAAGGAACGUAUAAUUGGAACAUCAUGUUUAUUUAUAAGUGGUAUUGUUGUUAUAAUUUAUAUUGUUCUGAGUUCAAUUAGAGAAUUGGUACAAGUUUAUCAACAAAAAAUUCAUUAUAUACUUGAAAUUGGAAAUUUAUUAUCUUGGUUAUUAUAUAUAUCGGCAUUAAUAAUGGUUUCACCAAUAUUAACUGAAAGUGGUGAAGUUAGUAAUAUACAUUAUUCAGCAGCAUCAAUUACAAUAUUUUUCUCAUGGUUUCGAUUAUUAUUAUUUUUACAACGAUUUGAUCAGGUUGGAAUUUAUGUUGUCAUGUUCCUUGAAAUACUUCAAACUCUGAUAAAAGUUCUUAUGGUGUUUUCCAUCCUUAUAAUAGCAUUCGGUUUGUCAUUUUUCAUUUUGCUAUCACAGAUAUCAGAAAGCUACACAACAACAACAUUAUCUUUUUCAUCAAUUCCGAUGUCCCUUUUAAGAACAUUUUCAAUGAUGCUUGGUGAAUUAGAUUUUGUCGGAACAUAUGUUACUCCGUUUUAUUACAAUCAACUCAAAGUACCUUUUCCAUCUUUUUUAAUUCUAGGACUUUUCAUGGUAUUAAUGCCUAUUUUACUAAUGAAUCUAUUGAUUGGUUUGGCAGUUGGCGAUAUUGAGUCAGUUCGAAGAAAUGCGCAAUUAAAACGUCUAGCAAUGCAGGUUGUUUUACAUACAGAAUUAGAGCGAAAAUUACCACAAAUGUGGCUUCAUAAAGUCGAUAAAAUGGAAUUGAUAGAAUACCCAAAUGAUAAAAAAUGCAAAUUGGGUUUGUUAGAUUUCGUAAUGAGACGAUGGUUCUGUAAUCCUUUUAAUGAAGACAAUGGCAUGGAUAUGGUAUCAUUUGAUAGUAAUGAAGAAAUUUUAGCAGCAGAAAUGGCUAAACAGAAACAAAAAUUGAAAGAAGUUGGUAGACUAUUGGAACAGCAACAUCAAUUAUUACGGUUAAUUAUUCAAAAGAUGGAAAUAAAAACAGAAGCUGAUGAUGUCGAUGAAGGUAUACCACCAUCUGAACUUUCGGUAGAGAAAGGACCAACCAAUAACUCAAGAUGGACUUCUCCAAGAAUACGAAAGAAAUUGAAAAAUUCUUUAAGCUUUACAAAAUCCUAAAUAACUUGAAAUCAGAAAACCUAUUUUAAAAAAACUUACAAAAUUAUUUAAAAAUUAAAUUUUAAAUUAAAAAAAAAAUGUUCUUGCUGUAAUAGAUAUUAAUUUAUUUCUGUGUUAAAUGUAUAAUUUAUC